GUGGUUACCUGCUCCCUUCUGCUCCUCUGACACAAAUUACUCGGUCGGGACUCCUCAGGAGGACCUGUUCACUUUUAUUUGUGGAGCCACAACCAGUCAAAAGCAUGAUGUGGUUAUGUUGACACCAACCCAACUGUGACAAUGUACGAGGUGAUGUCCGGGGACACCCUGUCCUGGAAGGUGCCCAGUCCAAAGCAAAGUGACCCAGAGCCCAGCACCGAGGAGCAGUUGCCUGGAGACGGAGGACCAGUAAAAAUCCUCAAGGUGUGCUUCUGCACCAACAACAACCUGGGAAAAAACUUCAAGCUGGUCAAAUGUGACAGCUCCUGGAAAAUGAAGGCCAUCAUUCAUUCCAUUCUGGCCAGCGGUCGAUUGGGUCCAAACGUUGAACUUGAAGGAUGCUAUGGUCUCAUGCUGAAGCACUUAAAGUCAGAAGAACUUCACUGGCUCCAUCCAGAUCUGACCGUUGGUGAGGUGGAGCAGCGCUACGAGAGCCUUCAUGUGGAGGCUGAGUGGAGGUAUGAUCUCAGAAUAAGAUACAUUCCGGUUAAUUUCCUGGAAAAAUUUAAAAAUGACAGAUCCACGUUUAUCUAUUUUUACCAACAGGUACGUAGUGACUACAUGCAGUAUCAUGCAAGUAAAGUCAGUGAUGGGAUGGCGCUCCAGCUCGGCUGCUUGGAGCUCAGGAGGUUCUAUAAAGACAUGAAUGCAAAAGGCCUUGAAAAGAAAUCAAACUUUGAGCUCUUGGAAAAAGAAGUGGGUCUAGACCUUUUUUUCCCUCAUCAGCUGAUUAACAGCCUGAAGGCUAAGCCGCUACGGAAGAUGAUCCAACAAACAUUUCAACAGUAUGCGGCACUCAAAGAGGACGACUGCAUGAUUAAGUUUUUUGAGACCCUCAAAAGUUUCAGCAGCUACGAUGAGGAGGUCUUCCGGUGUGAGCUAGUGCAAGGUUGGAGUCUUUCAGUGGAGCUGGUCAUUGGAGGAAGAGGCAUCCGUCAGCGCACUCAGAAAGACGGAGCGGCGGUGUUCCUAGCAGACUUCAAGCAAAUAAAGAGAAUCCAGUGCCUACCACAGAGCGACGACAAGGCGCUCCUGAACAUCGACAUCGAGGGGGCCAAACAACGGUUAUCGAUCAGCGUGGCCUCUGUGCCUGUGGCAGAGAACAUGAUGGAUCUCAUUGAUGGAUACUGUCGCCUGGAGAAUGACACAGAUGACAGUAUUAUCUACAGGCCUAACAAAGAUCCUAAAGCUACACGGAUUUCCCUCCCUGACAUCCCUACAGGCAGCAGAGACAACUCCUCGUCCCGACACAGUAUGGGAUCUGAUAUCUACUGUGAGAUUCUUGAUGAGAGGCCCAAAUCAGCUGUGAAGUAUGGGAUUGAGCGAACUGACAUUGUUCUGGGUCGAAUUCUCGGGGCAGGCUUUUUUGGAGAAGUCUACGAGGGAGUGUACAAGAAAUCUAAUGGUGAGCGGAUUAAUGUGGCAAUUAAGACCUGCAAGGACUGUUCACCUGACGUGAUGGAAAAAUUCAUGAGUGAAGCAGUUAUUAUGAAGAACCUCGACCAUCCUCACAUCGUCAGACUGAUUGGAAUCAUAGAGCAGGAUCCGGUGUGGAUCGUCAUGGAGCUCUAUCAGUACGGAGAGCUCGGAAAAUACCUGACCCAGAACCAGAACAAGCUGACAAACACAACUCUGGUUCUGUUCAGCCUACAGAUCUGCAAAGCCCUCGUCUACCUCGAAGGAGUCAACCUGGUUCACAGAGACAUUGCAGUGAGGAACGUGUUAGUCGCCAGCCUGGAGUCUGUGAAGCUCGGAGAUUUUGGCCUGUCCAGAUACAUAGAGGAUGAAGAAUACUACAAAGCAUCCAUUACUCGUUUACCAAUCAAGUGGAUGGCCCCAGAAUCCAUCAACUUUAGACGUUUCACUACAUCAAGUGAUGUCUGGAUGUUCGCUGUGUGCGUGUGGGAGAUCAUGAGCCAGGGGCAGCAGCCGUUUUUCUGGCUGGAGAACAAAGACGUGAUCAACCAGCUGGAGCAGGGCAUCCGGCUGCCCAAACCGGACAACUGCCCCCCUGCUCUCUACUCGCUCAUGACCCGCUGCUGGUCCUACGACCCCAGAGAGAGGCCCACUUUCACAGAGCUCGUGGUCAAGAUCAGUGACGUCCACAAGAUGGAGAAGGAGCAGGACGCACAGAGAGAACAAGACAGAACGCGCUCCACCAGAUAUUUUGAACCAAAGAUCAACUUUUCUGAACCUCCUCCCAAGCCCUCCCGGUUGAUGCCAGGGAGGUACGGGAACACGCUCAGCAUCAGUCUACACAACCAGCUGAAUGAGGCUCUGUGUGCCAGCUCACCGGACCUGGCCAGUCCGUGUGAGUAUCAGUCCCCCGUCGACUCCAGAAACACUCUUACGCUUCCUCUUAGGUCCCCUCGACCUCGCAGCAUGGGGGAGAGCGAGUUCCUGCGAGUGGAACCGAACAGCAAGAAGGACGCUCAGUGGUUGUGGCAGCAGGAACGGCAGAUCAUGCAGGACACGCUGCGGCAGCAGAAAGAGGAGAUGAUGGAGGAUAAGAAGUGGCUGGAGAAGGAGGAGAAACUCCUGGACCCCAUGGGAGCAGAGGAUGCUGACAUUCCAGUGCCCCCUGAAGCUGACAGUGAGCCUGCACCACCUGAGAAACCUCCACGACUAAAAGCGCAGGCUGCACCCACGGCCGAGCUCGACCGCACCGAUGACAGAGUCUACGAAACCGUCAUGGACUUGGUCAAAGUCGUUGUCCAACUCAAGAACGACAUCACGGAGCUGCAGCCAGAACAUUAUAUUACCAUUGUUAAGUCUGUCGGGAUGGCCUUAAGGGAUCUGAUUCGCAGUGUGGAUGAUGUGUUGCCCACUUUACAUGAGUCUAACAGGACUGAGAUCGAAGGCACCCAGAAGCUGCUCAACAACGACAUGGCGGAGCUGAUUAGUAAAAUGCGUCUGGCCCAGCAGAACGCCAUCACAUCUUUAAAGGAGGAGUGCAAGAAACAGAUGCUGGCUGCUGCACACACUCUGGCCAUGGACAGCAAGAACAUGUUGGACGCUGUGGAUCAAGCACGAGUCAGGGCUAAUUUAGCUAAACCAGUCGACCCCUGAGUGGCUAACUGUGCAAAAUGAUUAAAUCAGGUUUUUAUUUCUGCAAACUAAAAGUUGCACAGUCAGACAUUCUUGUCGGAGUGAAACUUAUCACAACCAAGCCUGUUUUUUUUUUUUUUUUUUUAACAGCCAUUUUUUUGUAAGAGUGUUUAAUUUUGACGCGAUUCUACCGUGUAACUCGGUGAAUACAGACCAGUCAGACAAUGUUUAGGACCCAACUUUAUGCAAUAUUUUAAAAACUUUGAAUGAAAUGUCCCAGUGAGGCACUACCUUGUAGUAGUUCUGAGAUACAUAGAGAACAAUGAAACCAAAAACAUUCACACACUCGCACAUAAUGACAGUUUAGAGUAGCUGAUAAACCCAACAUGUGUUUCUUUGGACUAUGAGGAAAGAACCCACGUACGCACGGGGAGAACAUGUAAACUACAACAAACGAGCUGGGAGAUGAA